GGAUAUUCAAAGAAAAAAGGAAGACUAUUUCGUUCUUUCAGACUAUAAAACCGCAAUUUCUUCCCUCUAAAACCCCCUCGGAGAAGAAAAUCUCUCAUCUUGGAACACUUCUUCCGCUACAUAAUGUUCAGAAAGAUCAUUUCUUCCCCCUCCAAGUCAAAGUCAAGAAAAUUCGUAUCCGUAUCACUUCAUUCCACCAACUAUUGCUACUACGAUCCCUCAACACCACCUUCUUCACCAUCAAAACACAUUUCCCCCAGACAAAAAUGGUUUCAGAUCACCCCAACUUCGUUCAAGGGUUUCAAUCGAUCUUUUUCAUCUGGGUAUCAGUUAAAUUCGACCCAAUUUAGAGUGUCUAAUUUAAAUAGAAAUGGGGUUUCGAUAUUGAGAAGGGGAUUCAGUAGCGAAACAGUUCGUGAUUGUAUUAAUUAUGACGUGGUUAUCAUCGGAGGAGGUCCGGCCGGCUUAUCCGCGUCCAUAAGAUUGAAGCAAUUAUGCUGUGAAAAUGAUGUAGACUUAUCUGUGUGCGUUGUGGAGAAAGGGGCAGAAGUAGGUGCACAUAUAUUAUCGGGAAAUGUUUUUGAACCCCGUGCAUUGAACGAACUCAUCCCACAAUGGAGAGAAGAAGAGGCACCAAUUAGUGUCAGUGUUUCUUCUGAUAAGUUCAUGCUACUUACAGAAAAGCAUGCAAUCCCAUUGCCAAAUCCUUUCGAUAAUAAAGGAAACUAUGUUAUAAGUUUAAGCCAAUUUGUACGUUGGUUAGGACAGAAAGCUGAAGAAUUAGGAGUUGAAGUAUACCCAGGUUUUGCAGCUAAAGAGAUUUUAUUUGAUGAAAAUGAAAAUGUUAUUGGAAUUGCAACUAAUGACAUGGGAAUUGGGAAAGAUGGCUCUAAAAAAGAUAAUUUUCAGCCUGGUGUAGAAUUAAAAGGGCGUAUAAAUCUUUUUGCUGAAGGAUGUCGAGGUGCACUAUCAGAGAAACUAAUAAAGAAAUACAAUCUAAGAGAGAAAGGACAUGGACAACAUCAAACUUAUGCAUUAGGAAUUAAAGAGGUUUGGGAAAUUGAUGCCAAAAAGCAUAAACCUGGUGCUGUUGUUCAUACUUUAGGUUGGCCUUUGGAUCACAAAACCUAUGGAGGAUCUUUUUUAUAUCAUAUGCAAGAUAAUCAAGUUUCCAUUGGAUUAGUUUGUGCUUUGAAUUACCACAACCCGUAUUUCAGUCCUUAUGAUGAAUUCCAGAAACUUAAAGGUCAUCCUGCAAUCAGACCUCUUCUUGAAAAUGGGACAGUUGUCCAAUAUGGGGCCCGGACUUUGAAUGAAGGUGGUUUUCAGUCUAUUCCAUAUCCAGUGUUCCCUGGGGGAGCAGUUGUUGGAUGUGCAGCUGGCUUCUUAAAUGUUCCAAAAAUAAAGGGUACACACACUGCCAUGAAAUCAGGAAUGUUAGCAGCAGAAUCUGCGUUUGAAGUACUUAAUAAGGGAUCAAAUAUGAAAAAUUAUUGGGAAAGUUUAAAAAAAUCAUGGAUAUGGGAAGAGCUUUAUCAAGCACGCAACUAUCGCCCAGCUUUUGAAUAUGGGCUUUUUCCUGGUUUAGCUAUAAGUGGUCUAGAACACUAUUUACUUAAAGGAAGAGUCCCAUUUACCUUGAAGCAUGGAAAACCAGAUCAUGAAGCAACACAUGAAGCAAGUGUAAGCUCCCCGAUUGAAUACCCAAAGCCAGAUGGGAUUGUUAGUUUUGAUGUGCCAACUUCUCUUUACAGGAGCAAUACAAAUCAUGAUCAUGAUCAACCAGCUCACCUUCGGUUGAGGGACCCACAAAUUCCUCAACUUGUAAAUUUGCCAAAAUAUGGAGCUCCAGAAUCCCGAUAUUGUCCUGCACGUGUAUAUGAGUAUGUUGCGGAUGACAAGGGUGAAUUGAAGCUCCAGAUUAAUGCUCAGAAUUGCUUGCACUGCAAGGCGUGUGAUAUUAAAGAUCCGAAGCAGAACAUUGAAUGGACAGUUCCAGAAGGUGGAGGUGGGCCCGGCUACUCAGUAAUGUAAACCGGUUCUUGAAGAUUUAUGUGGAAAAUCAAGAAACGAGAACAAAUGGGAUCUUAUCCUUUGUCAUUGUCACGUGUUAAUCGAAUGUUUCUAGAUUCGAUAUUUUGUACUUUGAUAAACUUUAUAGAUUCAAGUUCGUGUUUGUAUGAAAUUAGGGCACAAAUCUAUGACUUUUGUUGUACUUUUUUAUACAAAAUCAUGAGU